AUGAAACCGAUUGUUCUACUCUUGCUCCUUGGAGCUGUGUUCCUAGUGAACGCUACUUUCCGCCCAACUGAAGUCAGUAUUAGUUGGCCGGGAUAUAAGCAUGAAGACCCUAACAAAUUUGCCUAUCAAAUGCUGGAAGCAUGGCAACAGUCUCAGAAAGAAGGAAAGUCAACAAGGGCAAGUAGAGCAGCUGAUACCAUCGAUUUGGAGAAGCGCCGUAACUUGCUUGUCGGACGCUAUGGAUUCCGCAUUGGAAAGCGUUCCCUGGAUGAGCAAGGACCCGAGGUGACCCAGAAGGAGUACGACGACGCGGUGCAGGACUUUGAAGGCUACAUCCAGUAA